AUGGGCCCCUGUACCACCUCCUCAUGCUGCUGCCAGGCCCGUAAUCUGCCAUGGGCCCCCGUACCAACUCCUCAUGCUGCUGCCAGGCCCGUAAUCUGUCAUGGGCCCCUGUACCGCCUCCUCAUGCUGCUGCCAGGUCCAGAGUGUGUCAUGGGUCCCUGUACGGCCUCCCAUUGCUGCUGUCUCCAUCGCCACACUCUGCCAUGUGCCACUUUCAGGUCUACUCACACUGCUGGUGGGUUCCAUUUUUGUCAUAGGGUGCUGUAUGGCCUCCCAUUGCUGCUGCCUCCACCGCCACACUGUGGCUCCACACUCUGGUUUUGGCCCCGUGACUGCCCAAAUGAGUGAAGUGUGCGGUGAUUCUAAGAUCGACGGCACUCAUCUGCAUGUCAUACUGACUGUCAGUAUUAUUUCUCUUCCCCAGCAGACUCCAAGGGCAUUUAAAUUAAAGGUACAGUGUUCUGCACUAAUAUAA